AUGCCGUCGAUUCGCGACGAAGUGUCCUUUGAGAAGAGGACGGCGGAGGCACACCGCAUUCGGGCCAAGUAUCCGAACCGAAUUCCGGUUAUAUGCGAAAAGGCUCCCCGGUCGGACCUCCCAGUGAUUGACAAAAAGAAGUUUCUGGUGCCGAUGAAUAUGCUCGUAGGAGAAUUCAAGUACAUCAUCCACAAGCACAUCAACCAGUGUGCACAGAACAGCGGGUUGCCACUGACUCACGAGAAGACGAUUUAUCUGUUUGUCGAGAACACUGCUCCGAAGGCGGGUGCACUGAUGCAGGAAGUGUACGAACAGCACGUGUCCGACGACGGUUUCCUCUACGUGGAAUAUUCGUCGGAGAAUACUCUCGGAUGA